AAUUCUUCUUUAGCAAUCAGCCGGGAUAUUUAAUUAUCUGAAAGGAAAUGUUAUGAUGGCGAUUCAACAAGAACCAACACCCGAUAUAAGCCCAGAAACGCUUGGAGCAUUGAGUGCAUUAAUGCUUGCACAAGCACAAGAAAUAUUUGUACACAAAGCGAUCCAUGAUUCUAUGAAAGAUGGUGUUGUUGCUAGAUUAGCAGCACAAGCAGAAGAAUUAUAUGCAGACGCUUUAAAAUUAUUUCAGAAAGAAAUUUUUCGCGCAUUUUGGGACAAAGAAUGGGUGCCUUUGAUAGCGGGUAAACAAGCUGGUUAUCGCGCCAUGGCCGAAUAUUAUCAAUCACUCGUAUGCAAAAAUAAUAAAUUGAUUGGAGAAGAAAUUGCUAGAUUAGAGCAUGCUGUAGAGUUGUUCAAAGCUGCCCAGCAGAGAUCAAAUAAGCCGAGCUUAUUCCAAGAUUAUGCCAAUAAAGCACAGAGAAAUCUAACAGAAGUAAGAAAGGAUAAUGAUUUUAUAUAUCACGAAAGGAUUCCAGAUAUCAAGAAUGUAGAAGCUAUAGGAAAAGCUAGUGUUGCUAAACUACUCCCGCUUCCUGAGAUAUUCAGUUCUGAUUUUAAAGAUUUGUUUGCGGAACUAUUACCUGUUACUAUACACAAUGCAUUGUCAGCCUACGAGAAUCGUCGUAAUGAGCUUGUUAAUUACGAAGUUUCAAAUCUUCGAGAAAUGACUCAACUUUUAAACAGUGUUUUGGCAAGUUUGAAUCUACCAGCAGCUAUAGAAGAUACAAGUGGAACAGAAAUACCUCAAUCGCUAUUGGAAAAAGCGCUUUAUGUACGAAAUGCAGGAGGCAUACAAGCUUUGGAUGCAGCUACGAAAGAACUGCCGGAUUUAUUGCAACGUAAUAAAGAGCUUUUAGACGAGGUAAAC